AUAUAAGGCAUCAGAAACAUCACUGAGAGCAGACACCUUCUUUGUUAGGGAUGAUGUCGUACCUGAAAGUAAUGAUCACAUGGAACAUAGUUUGUGUAUCCCUGGUGAUCCUUUCACUGUCUUUGAUUCAAGAAGUGUCUUCUGAAGCAGUCUCCUGCAGAGGACGUUGCUUUGAAGCCUUUGAAAGAGGAAGAGAGUGCGACUGUGAUGCAGACUGUGAAAGAUACGGCAAAUGUUGCCCAGACUACACGAAACACUGUAAAGAGGCACACAGAGAAACGCCAUCACCUAAGACUCCUCCAGCAAACAAAUCAACAUCUAAAAGGUCAUCCAAAAAUGAGGAGAAGAAGCCAGAGGAAGUAACACAACCCCAUGAAGUUAUGGAAGAUACUGGCAGUGGACUGGAAAACAAAGUGACCAGUCCUGCUCCAACCACAAAACACCCUGAUACAACCACACCAAUCAAAGCAACUACAUCUACUCCAACACCCAGUUUACCAACUACUACAAGUACUACCACAAAAGCAACAACUACCAAAGAGACCACCACGGCUCAGAAAGAUACCCCUGCGACAACAGUGGCACAAAUGACCAAGGCAGACUCUCCCACCACCCCUAAGGUAGAAGAUAUGACCCCUGAGGCCACAGAGGAACCAAUAACCGAGGCAGAUUCUUCUGCCACCCCCAAACCUGAAGAGCCAACCCCUGAAGCCACAGAGGCACCAACAACCAAGGCAGACUCUCCCACCACCCCCAAAGCAGAAGAGACAACCCCUGCAGCCACAGAGGCACCAACGACCAAGGCAGACUCUCCCACCACUCCCAAAGCUGAUGAGCCAACCCCUGAAGCACCAACGACCAAGGCAGACUCUCCCACUACCCCCAAAGCUGAAGAUACAACCCCAGAGGCACCAACGACCAAGGCAGACUCUCCCCCCACCCCCAAAGCUGAUGAGCCAACCCCUGAAGCCACAGAGGCACCAGUGACCAAGGCAGAUUCGCCCACCACCCCCAAAGCUGAUGAGCCAACCCCUGAAGCCACAGAGGCACCAACAACCAAGGCAGACUCUCCUACCACCCCCAAAGCUGAUGAGCCAACCCCUGAAGUCACAGAGGAAGCAAUGACUGAGGCAGACUCUCACACCAGCCCCCCAGAAGAUGAAGACAAAACUGCUGUGCCCACAGAGGCACCAACGACCAAGGCAGCCUCUCCCACCACCCCCAAUACAGAAGACACAACCCCAGAGGCACCAACGACCAAGGCAGCCUCUCCCACCACCCCCAAUACAGAAGACACAACCCCAGAGGCACCAACGACCAAGGCAGCCUCUCCCACCACUCCCAAAGCUGAUGAGCCAACCCCUGAAGUCACAGAGGAAGCAAUGACUGAGGCAGACUCUCACACCAGCCCCCCAGAAGAUGAAGACAAAACUGCUGUGCCCACAGAGGCACCAAUAACCAAGGCAGACUCUCCUACCACUCCCAAAGCUGAUGAGCCAACCCCUGAAGCCACAGAGGCACCAACGACCAAGGCAGAUUCUCCCACCACCCCCAAACCUGAAGAGACACCCCCUGCAGCCACAGAGGCACCAGUGACCAAGGCAGAUUCUCCCACCACCCCCAAACCUGAAGAGACAACCCCUGCAGCCACAGAGGCACCAGUGACCAAGGCAGAUUCUCCCACCACCCCCAAUACAGAAGACACAACCCCAGAGGCACCAACGACCAAGGCAGACUCUCCCCCCACCCCCAAAGCUGAAGAUACAACCCCAGAGGCACCAACGACCAAGGCAGCCUCUCCCACCACUCCCAAAGCUGAUGAGCCAACCCCUGAAGCCACAGAGGCACCAACGACCAAGGCAGCCUCUCCCACCACCCCCAAUACAGAAGACACAACCCCAGAGGCACCAACGACCAAGGCAGACUCUCCUACCACUCCCAAAGCUGAUGAGCCAACCCCUGAAGCCACAGAGGCACCAGUGACCAAGGCAGAUUCGCCCACCACCCCCAAACCUGAAGAGACAACCCCUGAAGUCACAGAGGAAGCAAUGACUGAGGCAGACUCUCACACCAGCCCCCCAGAAGAUGAAGACAAAACUGCUGUGCCCACAGAGGCACCAAUGACCAAGACAGACUCUCCCACCACCCCCAAAGCUGAUGAGCCAACCCCUGAAGUCACAGAGGCACCAACGACCAAGGCAGCCUCUCCCACCACCCCCAAUACAGAAGACACAACCCCAGAGGCACCAACGACCAAGGCAGACUCUCCCCCCACCCCCAAAGCUGAUGAGCCAACCCCUGAAGCCACAGAGGCACCAGUGACCAAGGCAGAUUCUCCCACCACCCCCAAACCUGAAGAGACACCCCCUGCAGCCACAGAGGCACCAGUGACCAAGGCAGAUUCGCCCACCACCCCCAAAGCAGAAGAGACAACCCCUGAAGUCACAGAGGCACCAACAACCAAGGCAAACUCCCCUACCACCCCCAAAGCUGAAGAGACAACCCCGAAGGCACCAGCCACCAAGGUAAACUCUCCCACCACCCCUAAAGUGGAGGAGGCAGACUCUCCCACCACCCCUAAGGUCAAGGGGACUACCCCUGUAGCCACUAAGGCUGUCAGCACUGCCAGACAGAAAACAACACCUAUUGAACUGACAACUACUGUCCCUGCAUUAGUAACAACUGCUAAAAAAGACACAACCACUCAAAGCAGUGAGGCGAUCACAACAACCAGGAAAGAAACACCCAUACCUGAAGCAGACACAAUGGUUUCAGCAACAACAGCAGAGAAGAAAAUUACAACUCCUGCACCCAAAGUAGCAACCAGCACAACUGCAAAAGACACGACUACAGCAGUACAAAGGACAGUGAUAACUGCAGCUAGGGCUACUGAGAUUGUAACAGUAACUGACAAAAAAGACAAAACAACAGCUGAAACUGUUACUACUCCUGUAACUGAAGAGCUGACAACUAAAAUAGAAACAACCACAGUGAACAAAGAGAUAACACCACCCAAGAAAGACAAAACUACUAUGCUUAAAGAUAUUUUAACAAGUAGGAAAGACACAAUUACUGUAACUAUGGUGGUAACAGCUAAACCUGAUGACUUUCCUAAAGGUAAGGAUGAUAUUCCAAAUACAACUCCUACAGCCAAGCAAGCUGUCACUACAGCAGCUGAAUCAGAAGCAACCACUGCGGAUAAAAAGACUGCAUCAACGGCUGAAGAAAAAGAAGCAACCCCAGCUAAACAAGAUGAGACUCCCAUACCAAAAGAGACUGUAACAGCUAAAAAAGAAGAAAGCCCUGGGAGGACAGCAACUAUAACAACAGCAGCUGCAACUCCCAUGUUCAAGCCCACUGUGUUAGCAACAACUGCCAAAACAGAUUCAACUCCUAAACCCAGGGAGAUUGUGACAACAACUAAAAGAGACACAACUAUGGAAACUAAGCAGACUGUAACAGCAGCAGCUAAAGAGAGCACAAGUACUACUUGUGUUGUUGUAGAGACAACAGCUGAUAAAAAAGAGGUAAUGACCAUCAAAGAAACUAGCAUCACACCUGAAAAAGAAAUGGAAGAUGCCACUGAAAAGGCCCCUAGUAUUGACAAGGGAGAGGAAACUACAGUUACCAAAGAGACCGCUACAAGAGAUAAAAAAGACACGAUAGAAGAAAUGUUUAUUGUUUCUAAAGGGACAUCCAAGCCAACUAUACAUUUCCAGGAGGUUACUGACACAAGAGAUGAGUCUCAUCCAUCCGACCCUGAAACUCUGCCAGUAAGAGAACAGCCUGAGAUAAACAACAAGCCUUUUAUACAAACUGCGGACUUGCCAAUUUUAACUGGAGAAACAGAAGCAAAGGACGAGAAGGACCUCCCCCCAACGCCCCGCCCCCGGCGGAUCAGCGACGGCUGGGGCAUCCCGUCCCCCAUCGACGCCGUCUUCUCCAGGUGCAACUGCGAUGGCAAGACCUUCUUCAUCAAGGGCCCCCUAUACUGGCGUUUCACUAAUGGUGUUAUGGAUAAAGGCUAUCCCAAACCUCUUGCGAAUGGAUUCGCAGGGCUAAGUGGGAAAAUAGUAGCAACCCUACCCGUGGCAAGAUACAACAACAGACCAGAAUCUGUUUAUUUUAUCAAAAAAGAUGGCAACAUGCAGCAGUAUGUGUACAGACAAGAACCAGCCAAGAAGUGUCAAAGAAGAACCCAGGUUACCAUAAGAUACCCAGCUUAUGUCCCAAGACUUGUAGUAAGGAGACGCUUUCAACGUGCAGUAAGAAUGCCAACCAUUAUUCAGACCGUCAGAAUGAACCCAUAUCCAUCUGGAGUUUUGCGUAAGGAAAUCAAAAUGACUGCCUACUGGAGAGGGCUUCCGAAAGUAAUUCAUUCAACUAUAUCACUACCCAACUACAAUAAGCCAGAUGGCUAUGAUUAUUAUGCCUUCUCUUACAAUCGGUACUACAGUUUGGAUGUUGGCAAAAGAAUAGCAAGACCUGUUACCGCUCUCACAGGAAAGACUGUAUCCAAAGACUGGUACAACUGUCCUAGCAAGUGAUGUACAGCAGAGGAUUUUUUAAAAAAAAAGAUGCCAUUUGAAUGUUGACAUUUUGUCUAAUUUUAUUAAUAAAGACAUUGAAAUGUGUGCACAC